UCCAUGGUGGUCUAGCUUUAAUUGGCUCAUGAUUUCAAUCUGUGGAAUAUUGAAUAAAUUGAUAAAAUCACUUUACGAAAUUUUAAAGUACAUUUAGAUGUUUUAGUAAAAUUUCAUAUGAAUGAACUGCUUUCCAAUAUUGAUGCAAAAAAAGAAAAAGAAAUGCAUGUUUACCUAUCAUUUUUGUUUAUUCAAAACAAUUACGUCUAUUACACAUUAACAUUAUUUAUAUGUAAAAGGAUAUGUUUAUUUCCAUUUGUAUUUCACAUUUGAAACUGGAUAUUUUAUGAUUAUGUAUGUUAACUAAUAAAUUAGUUUAUUCAUCAAAUAUUACUUUUAAUUGCUAAGAGAAAUUAGCCUGUGUACCCGUGUAUAUAUAUAUAUACAUAGAUAUGUUGGAGAACACUGAAAUUAUUCCAAGUAUUAUAACUGUCUAACUGUUCAACUUACAAUUCGUAUUUAGAAAUGAAUUUCUUUACACUUUACGUAACUUUAGUGUACACCAUUCUCAGCGUGCAUUCAAACAUUGAACCACUUAUAGAAAAAGUAAAUUAUUACAAUCUAGGUAAAUAUAAUAGUCAAGUCACACACAAAUCUAUUAACAGAAACUCUGAUAAGAUGCCUGAAUACGACGACCAACUUCCCGAUUUUCCACAUAAGCAAUUAGAAGAAGAAGAGAGCCCAUUUCACAGAUUUUCUGAACUGUAAGUUGCAGACUGACUUGGCUUUUUUUAUAGAACUAAUUAGUGUACAUUCAGCCAUGCGUAUAUAUAUUGUAUGAUUGAUUUUAGCUUAAGUGAUGACAUUAUUUAAACCGAAUUAUAACGACUGACUUUGAAAACAUUGAUGGAAUGAACAUCGUAGUGCAAAAUGUCUACUCAAUAAACUAGUUUCUUCGUUAGUGAAUAAAUCAUACAUUCAUACUGUAAAUGUUAAUCAUGUGGAACAUUAUUUGACGAUUAUUUAAACACGAAUGACUCUGAAAGACUUUGUAGACCACACAAUGGACAAUGAAUUCAAGUUCUGACAAUGAAGGCUAAUAUCUCUUUCUUGAAUCUAUUUUCAUCGUAGGCUUAAUUCUGGAUCUGUGUAAGUUUUCAUUGAUGUUUACUGUUUUUUUGAGAUCGUAAUUUCUUUUAUCGAUAAAAUAAGUCAUUUAACAAUAACAGGAUACAAUAUGAAUGAUAAUAAAUGUACCUCAGUAAUCUGAUUGUGUUUUAUCACUAGUUACAUACGUGAUAUUGUGAAUGAGGAAACCUUACUUUUGUGGUAUACUAAACAACAAAGUGUAUCGUAUUUGAGAAGGAUGUUUAUUCGCAAGCCAGAUAAGAGAAACUGUGAUAUGAUUUCUACUCAUUGAAUUUAUUUAUAUGUCAGUACCUCCAGUCAUUGUAUAAUUUGAUUGGCAUUUUGUAAACAGACAAGACAAUGUGACAAUUCGACAUUCUUUUUUUUAAUGAUUGAGAUCAUGAGUCAUUUGAAGUUAGACCACCAUGGGAAACCUGGAAACACUGGACUGCCGUUUCGUCCUAUUGUGGGGAGCCUCAGCAGUGCGCAUCCACAAUCCCGCCUCUCGAGAUUCAAACCCAGGAGCGCGAGCGCCUAACUACUAAACCACUGAGCCAGUAUCCAACGGUGUUAAUGUCUAGCUUUGGCUAAUCCACGAAAUUGAGCGACACGUCAACCCUUUGUCAUCAGUGAGUUACUAUCUCACAACAGACCCGGUUGAACUCAACUGGUCACUGCUUCUCACUAGAACUCCAGGAUAUACCUCUUGAAGUCAGACGACAUUCAUUUGAAAACUUUCACAGAGACUAUAACUUCACUUAUAUUUAUUGGAUAUCCCCAUUUUAUUUAAUCAUAACGGAAAUUAUUAUUAGGAAAGCAUACUGCCGACCAUUUCGAAUUUGACCACAGUGAUGAGGAAUAUUCAUUCUAAUUUUCAAAAUAUUUACACAACAUAGCCUACCAUUGUGGUUGGUGAAGUGAGUGAAAUUUUUUUAACUAGUAUUAAAUUAGUUUAAAAGUUUUAUGUUAAUAAUAUUAUUAACAUCACGUACUGAUCUUUAUAAUAGGGGGAUUGAGUAUCAGGAAGCAUUGGCUACCUGUCUCGUCACAGUUUGUGAUCUCUAAACUGUACGCAUUCACCACCGAAACUAGCACCUACGGUUUUAAAGUUCCAUGCUAUGAAGAAACAGCUGUUCAGUGAUUUAUGGUUAUUUUUAGUCACUUAAAAAGGAUUAGUCACUGGUGUUAACUAUAAGAAGUGGAAAAUCUCCAUUAAGCCUCCUAUAGUAAUUUAAUGUCAGUUUGUGUAUUAAAUCACUUGCAUUGUAAAAUAGCAUAUGAGGAAAGUGUUAAAAUCAAAUUAUAUUGAUAGAUAAUAGGAAGGUUCUAUGGAAUUCGUAAAUGUUGAAUUUAUUUCAGCAAGAUAGCAGAUUAUAUUUGCUCCCCUCUUAUUUUUCUCUAAAAAUAUUAAUUCCUUAUCUUUAGCCCAAUGUACUAUGUAUUUGAGUAAGUUUUAUUUCGAAACAACUUAAAUCAAAAUAUACAACAAGUUAACAAAUUAGUUUCUAAAUUAUGUUUUAUACUGAUUGGUUAUUUUUAGAUUAUUCCUUCUUAAAUAUUAACAGAUUCGGCAAAUCAAUUCAGCCUUCAUUAUCGCUUCUGCCAGUGUUCAGUUAUGAAUUAUUUAUAGAUUCUUCCAUUGAAUGAUUUUAAUGAAUGUAUUAAAAUUCAUAUUAUUAUUAUAUAUUAGUUUAUUUAAGGUUUUUCUAAUCGAAUCCAGUACACAUAUAUUUUGUCUAAAACAUAAAAAUAUUCAGUAAUAUCAGAAGGGUUUUAUUGGAGAUUGUAGUAAUUUCAAUAG